UUCUUUCUUGGUGCCUCCCACCCAACACCAACCACUACAAUACGUCAUCAUUCACUGCCUCCAUCUUCCUUCUCAUCCUCCAGGCUCUCUCUCUCUCUCUCUCUUGGUGCCUCCCAUCCAACACCAACCAAUAUUUCUGUAACAAUUGAUUGCUACCGAAUAUGAAAGUAUUCUUGAUCUGGUGAUUGCAGUUCGAAGGAGAAGGACUAGGAGGUUGCUUGUCCUGCCACUGCCGUUGCAGAUGCUUAAAAGCAGAAGUCAGCCAUGGAAGCGGCAGGAGACGAGGAGAGGCCCUUGCUCCAUCACCUAUCUCCUGAACUCCAUCAGGAUGGGGAUUCAAGAUACACUAAUGACGGAACAGUUGAUGUUAACGGGCAACCUGCUGUUAAGGCAAGCACAGGAAACUGGAGAGCAUGCUUCUUCCUCUUAGGUGUCCAAUUCAGCGAAUGCUUGGCCUUCUUCGCAAUCUCAAAGAACUUGGUCACCUACCUCACCAGCGUGCUCCAUGAAAGCAAUAUCGACGCGGCCAGAAAUGUGUCCACUUGGUUUGGCACCACAUUCUUUACGCCGCUUAUCGGAGCUUUCUUGGCAGACACGUAUUGGGGGAGGUACAAGACAUUAGUGGUUUUCCUCUCAGUCUACAUCGUCGGGAUGCUUGUUUUGACGGUUUCAACGACACUCCCAUGGAUGAUGCAAUCCUCCAACCACGGUGAGAUUCACCGUAUCACCGUCUAUGUUGGACUGUAUCUUACAGCCCUUGGCAACGGUGGCAUCAAGCCCUGCACCUCCCCUUUUGGCGCUGACCAGUUUGACAUCACCGACACAACAGAGCGGGUGAAGAAGGGUUCAUUCUUCAAUUGGUUCUACUUCUUGAACACUAUUGGCUCCCUUUUGUCGACCACUGUGAUCAUCUGGGUGCAAGACAAUGUUGGGUGGGGGAUCGGCUUUGCGAUCCCCAUGAUCCUCACGAGUCUUAGUUUCAUGGUGUUCAUCGCAAGUAGGAGGAUGUACAGAUACAAGUCAAAAGGAGAAAGUCCCAUGACAACAGCUUCCCAGGUUGUUGUUGCAGCUGCAAGAAAUCGCCAUCUGAAGUUGCCUGAGGAUUGCACAACCUUGCAUUACCCGCCUUCAUCACCAUCGGAGGCUACAUUCAGUGUUCAGCAUACCACUCAGUUCAGAUUUUUGGACAAGGCUGCCAUUGUAUCACCAUCGACACAGGAGAAGAAAGGUGUGGCGACGAGCCCAUGGAGGCUAUGCACACUCUCUCAUGUUGAAGAGGUGAAGAUGCUUCUACGUCUGUGCCCUGCAUGGGCGUCUUUGCUGGUCUUCUUCAUGAUCACGGCACAGAUGUCGUCGACGGUGAUUGAGCAGGGUAUGGCAAUGGACAACUGCGUGGGGUCAUUCGCCGUGCCACCGGCCUCCCUCGCCAGCUUCAAUGUGGUUACCACACUUGUAUUGAUCCCCAUAUAUGAUGUCGUGCUAGUGCCCCUGGCUCGGCGCGCCACUGGCGAGGACCGAGGUCUCACACAACCGCAGCGCCUUGGCGUCGGUCUCACGUUGUCCACUCUCGCCAUGGCUUACCUAGCUCUUCUCGAGAGGAACCGUCUCGCAAAGGCCGCGAUCGGGGAAGCGGUGAGCAUUAUGUGGCAGGCACCGGCAUACGCCGUGAUGGGUGUUAGUGAGGUGUUUACGGUCAUCGGCAUGAUCGAGCUCUUCUACGACCGGGCUCCGGACAACAUGAGGAGCCUGUGCACCGCCUUCGGGCAGCUUGCCAUCGCGGCAGGGAGCUACCUCAACUCGGCAGCGCUGGGCGUUGUCGCGUCCGCCACGAUGUGGAUCCCAGAGGACCUCGACAACGGACACUUGGACUACUUCUUCUGGACAAUAGCGGUGCUCAGUGCCUUGAAUCUGUUACAGUUUGUACUUUACUCUAUGAUGUACAAUGAUAACGUAGCUUGUCGACAACGCCAUCGAUAUUAGUAAUGCUUCACUGUGUCGGCAAACA